GAUGCGAGCCAACGCACGCGUACAGUGUAGCCGUAGCUAAUGUUUCCGUUCUUCUCCGACACGCACACACUCUGUGCGCGCGCCGCGUGUGUGUGUGUGUUUUCUGCAGGAUUAUUUAAUCAGGUCGUCGAAGCGCUCGAGCUGUGUAGCUAAAGAAAGAAAACACAAAACAAAAUAAACUUUUUUUUUGGUAUCAUGUCGGAGCCGAGGUACCGCGAGUGGAUUCUGGACACUAUAGACUCGCUGAGGUCGAGGAAAGCGCGACCGGACCUGGAGCGGAUCUGCCGGAUGGUCCGCAGGAGACACGGCUCUGAGCCGGACCAGACGUGCCUGGAGCUGGAGAGACUGAUCCAGGAUCACGCGGUGCUCAAAGUCAACUACAAGGGCUCGGUGUCGUACCGCAACGCGGCCAAAGUGCAGCGCAGCAGGCGGAGGAGCGAGCAAGCGGCCGGUAAGAAGUCCUCCUCUUCCUCCUCUUCCUCCUCUUCUUCUUCUUGCUCCUCCGCCGCGAGUAACAACAACAAGCGAGCUUCACCGGCGGAGCUGAACAACGGCGACAGCGCGCAGGGUCCCGCCGACGACGACCCGAUGGAGGACAUGGAAGACGAGUUGUCCACCACGGCUGGCAUGGACAGCAGCAUGGACGAGGAGGAGGCCAGUCUGGACGCUCCCUGCAUGCAGAUACCGAGCGCCGCCGACUCUGGCAUCAGUUUGAGUCCCGUCAUUCCAGACGUCGAGGCAGAGGUGACCCGCGCCUCGCCCAUGCCCUCCAAGAGCGGCUCUUCGUGCCAGAGCACCCCGGAGAAGGAGCGAGGCGCUGCUGGAGUCUCUCCUGAACGCACACAGCCCGCGGCUCAGCGAGACACGGUCUCCCCGGUGCUGGACAUGGCACUGCAGCCGGCAGCGGUCUGUCCCUCGGCCCAGCGUAGCGCUCUGACGCGGGAGGAGGAACCGAGGGCGGGCGAGAACGCGCUCACUCCUGAUCAGCUGCUGUCGAACUGCACGGCCUCGUUGCAGGACGAGGCAGUGGGAUCAGACCACCUGGAGGAGGGUAAGAAGUGUAAUAGCGUGGAUGACAUCCCUCUCACGCAAGGAACAGAAACGGCCAAGAACGGAGGGAUGAAGAGAGGAGGGUUGUUUAAAGCGGACGACGUGGCGCAGGACCUCUUGCAGUGGAGCGUGGCGGACGUGGUCAGCUACUUCACCUCUGUGGGCUUUCCUGAGCAGGCCAUGGCUUUCAGAAUGCAGGAAAUCGACGGGAAGUCUCUUCUCUUGAUGCAGCGCAGUGACGUACUGACAGGCCUGUCCAUCAGACUCGGCCCCGCCCUCAAGAUAUACGAGCAUCACGUCAAGGUGCUGCAGAGGAGCCACUUCCAGGAGCACAGCGGCGUUUUUUCUUAACCUCGCGCCGCCUCAGAGACUGACGCUAACCGCGGAGCCGCCCCGGAGCGACGGGAAGAGAAAGGACUCGAUACGCUCAGCGUUUCCUCCGAACCCAGUUCCUCUCCUCUCCUCCUCUCGUCCUGUUUCAGCUCGCAGGAUUAACGAACACCACUGACUUGAGGGUCACCCCGGGAAUCCCCCCUUCAAUUCUGUUCCCGAGCGGGGGAGGGGCGGGCCAGCGUUUCGUUCAUCAGUAUUGUUUUUGUUUUUUUCUUAUGAUUUACACUAUGAUCUCAGUAAUAUAUUUUCCGUUUGCGAUAUUAUAUUGACGUUUCCUCAUUAAUUUUAAUAUGUAAAGCAGCACAGAUAUAGAAAUGAUGUUGGAUAUGUAUAGUUAGGAAAUAAAUUCCAAUUUCAGAAAUCUUCCUGUGCAGUGGAUUACAUCCUGACAUGUUAUAACACCAGAGUGAUUUAAUUCAAGAACUGUUUAUAGUUAUAUAGAACACUGGAAUAUACACUAUAUUGCCAAAAGUAUUGGGACACCGCUCCAAAUCAUUGAAUUCAGGGGUUGGACUCCGCCCCUUAGUUCCAGUGAAAGGAACUCUUAAUGCUUCAGCUUCAUACCAAGACAUUUUGGACAAUUUCAUACUCUUUGUGGGAACAAAGGUUUUGGUUCUGGUGUGGGAAUACCUGUGACCAAAGCAAGGUCCAUAAAGACAUGGAUGAGUGAGUUUGGUGUGGAGGAACUUGACUGUCCUGCACAGAGUCCUGACCUCAACCCCAUAGAACACCUUUGGGAUGAAUUGGAGGGGAGACUGUGAGCCAGACCUUCUUGUCCAACAUCAGUGCCUGACCUCACAAAUGGCCGCGCUUCUAGAGGAAUGAUCAAAAAUUCCCAUAAACACACUCCUAAACCUUGUGGAAAUCCUUCCCAGGACAGUUGAAGCUGUUAAAGGGGCGGGGUCAACUCCAUAUUACAUUCAUGUGCAUGUAAAGACAGACGUUCCAAAACUUUUGGCCUGACUCACAGUCUCCGCUCUAAUUCAUCCCAGAGGUGUUCUUUCGGGUUGAGGUCAGGACUCUGUGCAGGCCAGUCAAGUUCCUCACUU